AGAUUUGAGAUGCCAUUUUACUUAAGUUUAGGCGGCAUAUAAGUGAUUGGGUGCAGUUUGUUUCUUUUGUUUAUACAUAAUGCUUGUUAAUUUAGCAAAUAUUUAUGCUGAGCUAAUGCGUAAAUAUGGCGAUAGUCAUACUAUCACUUACAGUGCGCCGCCAAGUUAUUUAACUCGAUUAGUUGGCGCACGCGAAUCAGAAAAAAAAAUAGUUCUUGUCUAUAAGGAGGAUCGCAGUGGGAGCAUUACGACAACCACGCCAGCCAAGUUGCUGGUAAAACCGGAGCGUAGGUCAUCCAACACAGAUUUGGAUUUAACUGGUAGUCCGCUAAAAGACGAUUGUAUUGUGGAUGCUAUUGCUGAUCUCUCGUUGGAUCUGCAAAUAGUCAAUAGGAAUCCUUGGAAACAGGAUGAAGAAUAUCAUCGAGGCGUGCCUGCUGAUAAAGCGCGUGCCAUCAUCUGCACUGAAUCGUUUCAGCAGGCCGACGGACAGGGCUCCGUUUGGUUUCUGUGCGAUGGCAGCGACUUCGGUCACACGCUACUGCUGCAAUACGAAUACCAUCCAACGCAUUUCUCGCGAGGCAUAGUCACCUAUUCGGGCGUGGUGCCUGCCUAUAUGGUGACAUCCCAGUCGCUGGUGCGAGAGCAUGGCAUGAGCGCAGGCGCACAACUGGAGACAUACAUUGAGAACAGCUAUCAGAUUAAUCCGCACAUGUCGUUACUCUGCAGCUGGUCGACGCCUGCUCCGCUGCCGUUGCUCAUUAAUCUGAGCGGAUGCAAUGUAUUAUUGAGUCAAGCAUUUCGCGUGGGAGAUUGCAGCCCACUAACGGAGGACUUUAUGAACCAGAUUCGCAUACUGGCCUACAUACGCGAGGACAUCGUUAGCUGUCACAGAGAUGAGCAGGCGGGUGUGCAUCGAGAACCGAUCUAUCGUUGUGGCAGCGGCAUUGAUAUGGACGAGCUGCGCGAAUCCAUUAACAAGACAAUGACUGAGGUUUCGGGCUUUACGGACGUCUUUGCGGAUGGCCAUGCGGAAUAUGACAUUGAGGAGGUGGUGCAGCGUGCCAAACACCGCAGCCUCAUGGAUCUAACCGACAAGCUGUGGGAGUUGCUCAAAUCUUGCUCUUGCUAUAAGGAUCUAAAAGUUGCCUUCAACAUGCUCUUUCAAUGCGCUGUGCGGUGCAACAUUGUGAACACGCCCACAAAUAAAAAUCGUUUGGCCGAAAUCAUUUCGAAUUUGGCUAACAGUCGCUUGGCCAUGCCCUGUCUGAGCGGUACGGAACCUUUGGAAUUGCUGCUGGAGAUUGGCUUGGAGAAGGUCCACAAGGACUACGAGUUUAUCUUUACGGAGAGCAAAAUGUGCAGUAUUAGCUUAUUAAAAGGUAGCAGUGAAUCGGGCAAUUCCGAUGUCAACGAUGGCUCCUCUACGAAUGAUCUGUCCAAGCUGCGCAAAUCGCUGCAUAAUGCAAUGAGAGGCGAUGCUCCUGGUGGUGGUGGCAUACGCAAGACCCUUCUACAUAACACCGCUGGCAGCAAACAAACGGUCUCCAAUUAUCAGAAUGACGAUGAGUCUGGAUUCAAGAACAGUAACUUCAAUGAGCGGGAGAGCAUGCUACAAUUAUCCAAGCUAUUUCAAAUACACUGCACGUUGGAGCAUCUGUUAAUGAUACAUGUCAAUAUGAAUUUACCCAAUGUUUACGCUGACGUCUGCACUCAGUUGUUGAACAAGCAGCCGCGUCUGGUGGAGAGCAUUGAUGAUAAUUUGAACGAUGUGGUCGACAUUCAGAUAUCUGCGCAUUAUGUGCGCGAGCACUUGGAUGGCAAGGAUCCACAUACACGUCGAAUAACAAUGAAGUCAGAGAACAAAUAUAGGAAAAACACAACCACAUUCUACUUUAAUUUUGAAAACAUUUGUCCGCCUGAGCUGGCGAAGUGCUUUCAGUGCGAUGAUAAGGAGCUGGUCAAGGAGCGCACCUAUCAUUGCUGGCUGUACCGUAAAAUUCGCACGCUAAAAUAGAAACUCCAAUUUUUUUUAUGUAUUUAUUAAAUGAUUUAAUCUGUAUUUAAUUUUAAAUAUUUGUCGCUUAACCUUACAACCUGCUUAUCGCACCACAAAGGGCGCUACCCGAAAUCAUGUCGUCAAGAAUCCAAACAAGUUUUAAUCUAUGCAAUUGUCUUGGAUUGCUCAAGGCUUGAAAUCUAUUUAUUUCAAAUGCUAAUAGUAAACACAAUUAGCGUUCGUUUUGCUGGGCAUAUUCUAAACAAAGUGCAAACAUGGCGAGGAAAUGAGCAUAUUUGCAAUCAAGCGUAAAGUAAUGCUAUAAAUCGGCCCAAACGUGUGCCCAAUGGCCGGCUCAUGUGCAGCUGGCGCCAUGACGAACAGCCCCCAAAAAUGUUACAAUCCAAUUAGUGCAGUGCACCAAUUGUCUCCA